GGCGGGCCAAGAUGGCGGCGGGCGAGGCCGUGAGGGAGAUGAGGAGCCGCGUGGUGCUCGGGGAGUUCGGCGUCCGCCAUGCCCACACCACCGACUUCCCGGGGAACUACGCCGGCUUCGACGACGCCUGGGACCGGAGCCGCUUCGAGAAGGGUUUCCGUGUGGACGUGGUCCAGAUGGAGGAGGACUCCUUGGAGUUUGACAUGGUGGGAAUCGACGCGGCCAUCGCCAACGCUUUCCGGCGUAUCCUGCUGGCUGAGGUGCCCACCAUGGCCGUAGAGAAGGUCUUCGUGUACAACAACACGUCCAUCAUGCAGGAUGAGAUCCUGGCCCAUCGCCUGGGGCUCAUCCCAAUCACCGCCGACCCCCGCCUCUUCGAGUACCGGAAUCAAGGGGAUGAGGAGGGCACAGAGAUAGACACGCUACAAUUUCAGUUGAAGGUCAAGUGUACUUGGAAUCCCAGUGCUUCCAAGGACUCCUCUGAUCCCAACCAACUCUACCUCAAUCACAAGGUGUACACAAAGCACAUGACCUGGGUGCCCCUGGGAAACCAGGCCGACCUCUUCUGCGAAGGCUCCAUCCGCCCCGUGCACGACGACAUUCUCAUUACCCAGCUGCGCCCCGGCCAGGAGCUGGAUCUGCUCCUGCACUACGUCAAGGGCAUUGGCAAGGAUCAUGCGAAAUUCUCCCCCGUGGACACCGUUAGCUACCGGCUGCUUCCCGACAUCACCUUGCUGCAGCCAGUGGAGGGGGAGAUGGCUGAAAAGCUGAAGGACUGCUUUUCGCCUGGGGUCAUCCAAAUCCAGGAGGUCAAAGGGAAGAAGGUGGCGGUGGUGGCCAACCCCAGGCUGGAAACCUUCAGCCGGGAGGUCUUCAGACACGACGAACUGAAGAAGCUGGUGCGGCUGGCUCGAGUGAGAGACCACUACAUCUUCUCCGUGGAGUCGACGGGAGUCCUGCCGCCUGACGUGCUGGUGAGCGAGGCCAUUAAAAUCCUGAUGGGAAAGUGCCGCCGCUUCCUGGACGAGCUGGAUACAAUCCAGAUGGACUAGGGGGGCAGCAGGCCCCUGGCCAACCUAAAUGACUUUCUGGACCCUCACAUCCCAACUUGCGUCUCUUCCCCUUCAGAAGGUGCCAGGUAUAGAAGGUUCUUGGGCUGAAGAAAAUGUGCCCUGGCCCCACCUCGUUGGCAGUUGCCAAAUCUCCAGUCCUGCAUUCCCAGGUGGGGAAUGAGUGAGUGAGUGACGGGCGUCGAUGCAGCAGCAGUAAAGGGAAACGCCGGGCCCUCUGUACGAAAACUGAUAGUUUUUACUGACAUGCAGAGGUGUACCAUGGCCUUAGGGUUUACAGUCCUACAAAAGAGGCUCUAAAAACAAUAAAAAAAUUUCUAGUGUGAA